AUGGAUACGCGUUUCCACUGCGUUUACCUCCUCACUAGCCUGGAUCCCCAAUGCGAGGGGGAUUUCUACAUCGGCUACACCGUCAACCCCCUGCGGCGUCUUCGGCAGCACAACGGCGAGCUCGUGAACGGCGCGCGGCGGACGCGGCGGCGGGGUCGGCCGUGGACGCUGCUUUGCUGCGUUUCCGGUUUCACCGAAGAUCACGCGGCGCUGAAGUUCGAGUGGUGUUGGCAGCACCCCCAGGAGUCCGCGCGGUUGAAGCACAUCCUCCCGGGGUUUCUCCGCGGCCUGCAUAAACUCCCCUACGCGGUUGGCGUCUUGCAUCUCCUGUUGCGUGCACGGUUGUUUGCACGACUGGAGCUGACGUUGCACGUGAUGGCGGUCGAGCUUUUCUGGCGGAUGUCGGCGAUCGCGCGGGCGGGAGGAGGGGGGGGGGGCCCUGGACCGGGGCCUUCCCCGGCGGAACCUCUUCCCCCGCUCACCCCACACGCGUUGCUGCAUAUCGAGGAAAUCACCCCGGAGGCGUUUCAGGCGAAAUACCUCGCGCACGACUCCGACGCGGCCUCGCCGCGUUCCGCGCGCAGCCCCCUUUCCUGCCCGUACGACCUCAGCGUGCUUUCCCAGACCGUCCAGGACGCCUGGGGCUCCGACGCCACCCACGCGAAGGCGGAAGAGGAGGGGGAAGAGGGGGGGGAAGAGGAGGGAGGGGGGAGCGGGGGUUCCUCCCCUUGGAGGCGCUCCCGACGGCGCAGGGAGGCGCCGGAUCGGAGUGGGGGGACGUCCACCGCGACGACGCCCCCGCGAGGCGCCCCCGCCGAGGGGUUUUUCACCCCCGAAACGACCCCCGCCCUCCCGCGGCGGUUUCGAUUUUACGCCGACGACGACUUCGUGCGGGAGUACGCGCGGGAAACGGCGGAGCUCCGGCGCGGGUUGCGCGCCUGCACCUUCUGCGCGUUGCCACUUCGGGCCCCGUACAUCCUGCGCUGCCCGCGCGCCCCGUUUUGCGGAUUAGCCUCGCAUAUCGUCUGCCUCGCGAUGUGGAUGCGGCAUUCCUUUGACGAAGCGGAAGAGACGAGAAAAGGGGAGCCCGGGGUCGCGUCGUUUCCCGCGUCGUCGUCGUCGUCGUCGUCGUCGUCGUUGCUGCCGACGCGGCCGCGGCCGUGCGCGUUGUGUGGGGAGCUCCUUCAUUGGGGGUCGCUCCUCCGUCAGCUGCGGGAGCGCGCGGUGCGGGAGGAGCGGCUGCGCGCGAAUCACCGCCGCGUGGAAAUGGAGCGGCGGCUGCAGACGAGACUCGCGCGCGCGCAUCAAAUCGCACGCGGGCGACGACGCCCGUUGCCUUUUUCCCCGUCGAGCUCCGCCCUCACGCGAGGCCAUACGCGGCGGUCUCCCGUAAGGGAAGGGGAGGAAACGCGCGCGAAGUCGAUUUCGCCACCGGCGCUCAUCAUUCAGGUGAAAAGGCGCGGGCGAGGCGACUCGCCGGUGCGUCACCGUCCCGCGGAGUCGAUCGAUCCGACGGAGGAGUGGAUCUCGGAGGAUCACACGCUGAAGCUCACCGAUUUCGACGAGAAUGAAUGGUUAGAUUAUUAG